AUUCUAGAUCCAAAAAUAUUUAAAAGCUUCAAAUUAAUUGAAAAAACAUCUAUUUCACACAACACAUCCAAAUAUCGGUUUCAAUUACCUCGUCCAGAUGAUGUUCUUGGAUUACCCAUUGGCCAGCAUAUAUCCAUUAUGGCUGAAAUCAAUGGAAAACAGAUAUCUAGGAGCUAUACACCCACAACACCAGAAGAAGGAAGAGGAUAUUUUGAUCUUGUGAUUAAAUCCUAUCCUACAGGCAAUAUUUCCAAAUUGAUGGGCGAACUCAAAGUAGGUGACUCAGUAGGCAUCAGAGGUCCUAAAGGUAAUUUCGCAUACACUCGGAAUAUGGUAAGAGCUAUAGGCAUGAUUGCGGGUGGUACAGGUAUCACUCCAAUGCUUCAGAUCAUUCGUCGUAUUUGUAAUGAUCCAUUAGAUAAGACCAAGAUUGACUUGAUCUUUGCUAAUGUAACCAUGGAUGAUAUCCUCUUGAAAGAUGAAUUAGACGAAAUAUCAGCUAAAGCACCUGAUAAUUUUAAGGUUCACUAUGUAUUAGAAAAGCCACCUCCUGGCUGGACUGGUGAAGUGGGUCUUGUUACAAAAGAUAUCAUCAAGGCUUACUGUCCUCCUCCAGCAAGAGAUAUUAAACUGUUAUUGUGUGGACCAAUGCCCAUGAUUAAACUAUUGACUGCUGCAACGACAGAAUUAGGUUAUCAACGGCCAAGGGCUGUGUCAAAAAUGGAAGAUCAAGUGUACAAGUUUUAA